UUUUGAUAAAGCUGAUACAAAUUCAACGUGUUGUAAAAUAACAAUGUAAUCAAUUCGCAACAUGUCUAACAUUUAGCUCAAAGACAUAUUGAUUAAUUAACAAUUAAUAAUUAACAAACAACAAACUAUACAAUAUACGUUGCUUACAACAGAUACCUUUUAAAUCAAAACAAUUUUAACGACUUACGGAUGUUUUUAGCUCUAUGAUAUUAUCUAUGAUGUUAAACUUUAAAAUUUUAAAUUGAUCUUAUUCAAUUAAACUUCUAAUCAAUAUAAGUAGAUUGACCGGUAUACGGCAAACUUUUUAGAAGCCAAUUCGUCGUCACACAAAGUAUUACCAAAUCCAAAUUAAAAAUCACCUUUUCCUAAAAUAAAUACUAUAAAACCCAAAUAGCUAAAAUCAUCGUUGUUUUAGAUCUCUUUUCCCGAGGGAGAGAGAGAGAAAGGGAGGGGGAAAUAGAGAGAGAGAGGAGAGAAGAGAGAGAAAGAGAGCAGAGAGAAGAGAGAAGAGAGAGGGAGAGAGAGGGAGAGAGAGAGGAAAAAAGAGAAAUCUGUGCGUAGUCAACCUCCCACGUUUCGAUAAAAAAUAUACCCCUCGAAGACACGCACCGUAUUACUGUACACGUGCACAUACAUACUGGAGCUAUUGCUGUAACGAGUAUAAUGGAAAGAGUGGUCGUAGGAUCGUGUAAGUAAUGUGUCGAUAUAAUCAAAUUGACAAGGACAAGUAUACGCGCGCGCACGUGUACGUGUGUGCGGACAUACGUAUGCAUACAUUACACUGCGUCUACUAUAUAAGGCAUCUAAAAACCUAACCGUGUGUAAGGCACGAUCAAGGAGACUAUGUUUCGAUCAGCUGAUCGCAUCAUUCCAUUUAUCUUACGUUUAUUCGACGCAUGUCAUUGUCGAGUAAGCUUCUCUGUCGAGCAUUCUCAGGGUAAAAAUAAUUAUAUAUAGAUAUACGCUUUGGAAUUGCAGCGUGGUCUAUUGUUUGGUCUCUGCCAUACACGCUGCACGACGACGUUCGAUAUAUAUACAACUUAUUCCAUAUACACGUUUGCGUCGACUCAUUCUUACUGUUUGUUUUCCUCGUUUGGCGGUUUUUAGAACACGCGUUCACGUUCAAUGAAUGUGUGUGUGUAGCGACUUUGUGCGUACUGUGUAAUUAUUUACCUGAUUUUCAUAGUAUUCAGAAAGAGUUUGUCUUUCGUAUUAGCUAGAGGCUGUUACUGCUCUUAGUAAGUUUGUUAACUGUGCAUAUUCUUGAUAUGUUAUCUUACAAUCAAUUGAUUACUGAAAGAUCAGCUCUGUGCACGACAAUUUAGUGUGUAUUUGUAGAGGUACUUCGUCAAUAUCAUUUACGCAAAUCUGUUGGUUUUAACCUUUAAUGAUUUUGAUCGAUGAUACAAGCAUUAUUCUUGCUCAAGGAUAUUGAUUUAUGCCAACGUAUUGAACCAAUUACACAUUGGACAAUUAUCAGACGUAAGCAAGAGGCAUGAGAUGGAGGAAGAGCCUACCGAUCCUUACGAGCAGCAAUUACUUGCAGUGUUCAAAAGCUGCCUAGCAGAAGGACGAAGCCAACUGGAUAAAAAUGGCCUGCUUGUUCUCUGUAAAAAACUUGAACUUGAUGUCAAUCACAGAGAUGCUAUACUUGAGCUGCUUAAUAUUGAUACCACCCAGAAGUUUAUAUCAUUCUAUGAGUUUCGUAAUAAGUUCCUUCAACUACUGGGCAAAUAUCAAGAGGGGCCAGAUAGUCCUGAGAUGGACAUCAAUGGUGAAUCAUUGAUUUUAUCUGAAAGAAAAAUGAAUAAGAAACCAAUUGGGACCAUGAAUAGUGGAGAACAGCAAAAUGAUAACACGUUUGGCCGUCGAAGAUGGCAAGAAACAUGGAGCAAUCAGAACUCGCUACUGUGUGAUGAUGUAAAUAGUUUUUGUAGUAAAGGACCUACACUUCCUAAACAAGCAAUCGAGCUUAUUUUUGAAAAACUCGAUAUAGACUGUGACGGCUUAAUCAACCUCGAGGAGUUUUCACAUUUUUUUCAAAGUUACAAUAAUAACAAACUUCAAGAACAAUCAAACACCAAUUGGUCGACCCAUCUAAUGAGAGAUGCUACAAAGUCAAAUUGCAAUAAAGAUUUUGUACAUUAUCAUGCUGGUAGACAAGUAUUAAGAAAUGUGAUUGUUGAACUGUGGGAGUUGGCUGGUGUAUGGGAAGCUAAUUCACUACUGAACACAUUAGGAUUUGAUUCAGCAAUGAUUAGUCUUACCGACUUAUUAAAUGCCUUAUCGUCCGAGCUUAAGCUUCAUCGUGAUAUGUCUGCUAAGGGGGAUUCAGUGGAGUUCAUACGCUUAUUAAAGGGAGCAUUAAGUCUUUAUCAAGAGGAAGUACGAAAUUUAAAUUCGUCAUUGGAGCAUCUCAGCUGCGAGCGAGACAAACUACGCACUGACAUAAUCGAGGCGAACGAUCGAGCGAAUCUAUUGGCUUCAGACGUCGAUGAGCAUCAGACUCGCUUGGAGAAAAAUUAUCAAGAACAAAUUUGUCAAUUAGAAGCCAAACAUGUUGAAGCUUUGAAAGAACUGUCCAAUCAAUUGCAUAGUGAACGAGAGAAAAAUUCGAGUAGUCUUAAAUCGUUGGAAGAUCAGUUACAAUUGGCGCAACAGGAGGAGCUAAGAAUUAGAAAUGAGUUGAGUUCCGUUCUUGAGGAGUUGAAGCAACUUGAGCAGGAAAAUAGAAACCAGAAUGAUGAGAUCGUGAAACUUGAGGCUUGCAAUAGUCAGUUAUCGAUACAAAUUCAAGAGCUUGCUGCUGCUCAUGCUCAGGUGGAAAGUAUCGAGACAAAAGAAAAUGAACAAGUCAGCGACUUCAUGGCACAUAUUAAACGUUUACACGAGGAAAUGAAAAUAUUGAGGGACCACAACGACGAGCUCACAUCCGAGCUUGAGAUGCUCAAACAUCGUGAUAAUGAUGCCAAAAGUGUCGUCUCGAGUGUUGAUGUCAGAUCUACCAUAUCAGAUGAGAAUGAUGGUGUCGUAAGUAUGCCUACAACCGAAGUCAGCGAUACCGAGGACGAGGAUAAACAGCAAUCAAAACUUCCUGCCGAUCAAUCUAAAAUCAAUAAAACAAGUGAUAUGAUGAGAAAUAGAAUAAAUUUCGAGGAUAGUAGCAACGGUAACAGCAUCAACAAGUUGACUGAGAUAAUACAAGAAUUCCGGAACUUCCUGACCAGUGCUAAAUUCUGCGCCGAAUGUUCCAUUCUCCGGAAUGAAGUAUCUUGUCUCAUUAGUGAAUUGGAACUUUAUCAGUCGAGUGUACCGGUGAAUACGCCGUUGCCUGCUCCCAACAAGAAAAAAAAGCAAUUAAGGAAUUUGGCCAAUGAAUUGGAAGCAGAAUCAAGAUGUGUUUUACAACCAACGGAAACUUAUCGAGAUUCAGUCUUCACUAAGACUGACAGAGUCAAACACUACAAAAGGAUAUCGAGCAGCGACGAUACGAUUCAUGAUUUGCUUGAUGAUAACAUCGAUGAUUAUUGUAUUAAGGCAAUGAAGAAUAAACUUACAGGUUUCCGAGAUUAUACACCGCGCAAAGAAAUGAAAAACAACAACAAAAAGGGUAUUAUAAAUAAUUUAGAUUCGAAAAAAUUAAACUUCCAGAGCAGGGAUUCAUUGAAAUCUGAAGAUUCUCGAUUUGCUAUAGAGAGAAAAUUAUUACUUGAAAGGUGUAAUGACCUAGAAAAGAGUUUAGAAUUGCUUAGAUCGGAGUAUGAGCAAUGCGAGGACUAUUGGGCGUCAAAGCUCGACGAAGAGCGACAGUUGUUCGAGCAAGAACAAAAGAUCAGCGACGAAAAAUUUACCGAACUAAUCGAGAAAAUGGCCGAAUACGAGGAGCAGUUUAAUACCAAUGAUAAACAUGGCGGUCGACUGUCGCCUAUUGAGGAAACAUCCGGGCUUGAAUCGCAGUAUAAUAAUCUUGAAGAAGAAUUCGAACGAUGGAAGUUAGAGGCUCAAGAGGAGAUGGAAAGGAAAACGAAAGAAAUUGAAGAGCUUAAAGAAAAAUUAGAGAAUGGAAAGAAAUUGUCGCUUGCUGAUAUAUCAGUGCAAUUCCCAGAUAAAGAUGAUCCUCCGAAUAAGUAUCCGGAAUUAUACAACGUUUUGUGUUCAUCCAGUGGAUCUGGCGAGGGUGGAUCGGAUAAGGUCGAUUUUACUGUUCAUCCGGAAGCUAAAAAUUAUACACAGCAAUGUGAUCAGUGCCAUAAACCGGUGACACAAAUUACUUCAAACUGCUGUGACAAGAGGCACCUGCAGCAUCAGCAACAGGAUCAGAAAAAAGUUCACGGAAAAGGCGAGGGAAAAGGUAACAAGCGUCAUCGUCGCCAUCAGAAUAAAUUAGAUGGUGAUGUGGAGUACAAAAAUAUGUUGAAGCAAAAGGAAAAACUCAAGCAGGAGAUAAUUAAACUUCAAAACAUCAAAGUCAUGAAUGCUUAUCAUAUGUACCCAAUGGCUGGUACCGAAGAACAGAAUAUCUUUUCGAAUUUAUAUGCGAAAUUGCACGCACAGGAGCAUAGGUUAAAGUACAUGCAGUUUGUUUCUCAAGCUCAACAAAAAGAGGGUCAACGAGCUAUGCAUGCAAUGUGGAAACAACACGUAGCUGAAACUAAUAAUCUUCACUGUAUCAUCAAGUCUACAGAGGAUAAGCUCAAUCAGCAAAUAAAAAUUAAUAAGGAGCUGAAUGAAAAAUUGAUGAAAGGUGACUUGUUGACCAAGGAACUGUUCGUGGAAAAUUCUCAAAAUUUAGAAACCAUAAAGCGCCUAGAACAGCACUGCCAGAUAUUGACGGAGAGUCGCAUCGAGUCUACGUUAAUAUAAAAUUCUCUGGCAGAUAAAUUAUUAAUGUACAUUAGUUGAGAAGUAGAAUAUACGGUUCAGAUUAAAUUUCGGCAAAAAUUAGAUGACAUCGUAUAAGUAUUCAGUGAUAAGGUGUGAAAAUUAAUUCUUUGCUCUAACUUGUUAGUCAUUGCUAUACCAGUUCAUUGAACAAUGCAUAUUAAAAUGAAGAGUUUUUGGAAAUCAAUAUUUCAUAAGUUUAAUGAAAAAAUUUAUUGGUUUUCACGUAACAUUCUAUAAUUUCUUUGAAUGUAAUUUCUAUUUUAUAGUUUAUUAGUAAACUAUAUCAUCUGUAUACAUAUAUAAAUCGAAGAUGUUCUAUCUGCGAAAGAACUCGAUUUGCCUUAUUAGUUUACUUGAUAAUUUAUAAUGAUGAAUAAAUUAUAUUUUUAAGAAGUCUGCAAUAUAUUAUAUUAAUAAUAAUAAUAAUAAGUCUGUAACUCAGCGUUAAACAAAUAUUUUUGUUGUCUAAAUGAUAUUUUUUUUUAUGUUUACAUUUUUUUUCAAACGGAGAUAAUCCGACGUUAUUGUUAUAUGUACCUUCAUACCGCAGGGUCGCUGCCGCGACCCUUAAUAACUAAUUGCAAUGUCACUUCUAACUAUGUUGAUAUCAAUACUUUUUUAUUAUUUUUUGAAACUGAAGCUUUGUAGUAAGAUAUAACAAAAAUUUUGAGUACUGCAUCAAUAUCAAAAUUCUCAUAUUUAUUUAAAAAUUUAGUUGUCUAAGUUAAAAGCGGGUAAAUUUUAUUAUAUACGGCAAUUCAAACAGAUAAUUAUUUGUCAUUCUUAAGUGUCUAAUUAUUUAGAAAAAAAUAUUCUGAUGGAUACUUGAGGCUACAAAUAUAAAUUACAAUAUUUAUUAUAUAUAUUUAUUAUAGUUGAAUAUAAUUUUGUAAAGAAUAGAAUUUACCCACUUUAUGAAUAUACGGCACUGACGUAAGCAUAUUUUAUAGUUUUCAGCUGUGAUACACGAAUAUAAUACGUUAUUUAAAAUCAGUACUAGGACUAAUAUUUCAUUUGCCAGUCUCUAAUAGAAUUUUCAAGUUUGUGUACCAAUACGCAAUAUUUCAUAAUAGACAACAUUGCAUAACGAUAUAUCUAAUGUACUGAUUGAAUUAUUCUUUUUGGCUUUUUAGUAUUUUUGCAAUAGUAUUUUUGUAGGAUCAAUGUUAAGUGAAAGCUGGGUUGAGUUUUCAUAUCAUAGAGUGCAAGUUGAGAGUUACAACUGAUUAAAUAUAUUUAUUUGUAAUUAUACCUAUCAAUAAAUAAUGUACGUAAGGAAUGUUAAAAUAUGUAAAUUAUAAAAUACAAUGCGAGUUUCUUAUAGAACUAUUUAUUGUGAAUUGAUAUACAAGUUUUUUUUGUAAAAUAAUAUGAGUUAUGAAAAAAAAAAUA